UAAUAGGUGUUAUUACAAAUCGCCUACAGUUAGUAAAAACUGUUGUACUCAUGGCAUCGCUGUUAAGUGCCACCCGCAGUUAAAAGUGAAAAAAAUUCCUGAAACUCAAAUAUCAAAUAUUUUCUUAUUUUUUAAAUAUCAUUUAAUUAAGAGAAAUGGUUGUUAAGGUGUACAUUAGCGGGAUGUCCGGCAACAAAGAGGUGAAGAAGCGCCAACAAAGGGUAACACUAAUCUUGGACUCCAAAAGUGUUACCUACGACCUGUUGGACAUUGCGGAGCCCAAUAUGGAAGAAGCAAAGGAAUACAUGCAGACGCAUUCCAAACUUAUGGGCUGCACCAUCAGUGACCCCAACCCAAGACACCCGUUGCCGCCUCAGAUUUUUAAUGAUGAUGAAUACUGUGGGGACUAUGACGCUUUUGAUAUGGCAAACGAAGUGGACGAAAUGGAUCAGUUUCUAAAACUCGCCCCCAGCAUCACCUCGAACGCUGAAGUGAAACUGGGCAAUGGCGACGUCCAGAACGAAGACAAGUCGAAGGAACCGUCUCCCGAAAAAGAGGGAAAUGAAUUGAAUGGCCCCGAGGCGCAAGAGAACGGCGAAGAAGAGGCGCCGAAGGAAAAAUCUGCAACUCCGCAAAACGAAAAAUCUCCAUCGCCUCAAAAGGAAAAAUCUCCAUCUCCUCAAAAAGAAAAAUCUCCAUCACCAGCAGUUGCUGAUGGCGAAGACGUCAAAACGAGUAGAGAAAACAAUGCGGAUGAAGCUGAAACUGAAGAUUAGUCUGAAUAAUAUUUUCAAUUAUCAAAGUUUAUACGAUUUUGGUGUUUUUCAAGGACUGCCUUUUUUGCCGAACUGAAAACUGUUUAGAUCGAUAGGGCUAAAUGUGUUCUGGCAGACUUUGCAAAUCUAUAUAUACACCUGCUACGAAGAUUUUUUAAAGACAUAUUUUACACAUCUAUUUAUUAUCCAUUGUUGCUAUUUAAUUUAAAAAAUAUAUAUAUCUUAAGAGACAUUUCUAUAAGUCCAUGGCGUUUCUUUGUCGCUUUUGUCACAAUUUAUUAAAAGAAGCGACUGUAUGUGAAAAGUAUUAUUUGAAGUGGCUGUUGCUUAUGGCUUGGUCCUAACUAUUUAUGUUGCUGAUAAUCAAAAUAGCUAUUACAGAAUUUAUUGUUGGCAUUAUUUUAUGUACGUUAAUUCUUGUAAUUAAGAAAAUAUUCAUGAUCUUCUUAAAUUUGCCAUUAAAUUCAUUUUUAAUCCUAA